UGACUUGUUUAUGCGUCUCUCGCUACCUGUUAUUUUUCGUUUUCUCGUUACCUUACUUGAUGUUGUGUUGCCUCUUUUUGCUGUGAUACCUACUCGUUUGUGCUGAAUGGGAAUUUGUUAUACUUGAGAAAUGGCUGCUGAGGGUGAAGAGGCGGUUCCCGCUGGUGGUCCUGAUGAAAUCAGGCCUUAUAAAAUCCAUGUUUCAUCGAAAUACCUGGACCUCACAAAGCAGAAACUUGAAGUAACCAGGUUACCUCAUGAGCUCUCAGAACCGAAAUCGAAAGACUGGUGGGAACCGAAGCCUCGGGUUGAGCCAUUGAUUGAUUUCUGGCUUGAACAAUACUCAUGGCGAACACAACAGGAUCAAUUGAAUGCCGAAUUACCCCAAUAUCGCACUGGCUUUUCAAUUCCUUCUUCCGAGUCAAUUGUUAGAAUUCACUUCAUUCACGCUCGUUCAUCUCAUUCAAAUGCGAUACCCCUUCUUUUGAUACCCCCUUUCCCUUUCUCAAAUCUUUCUUUUGGGCAUCUCAUUAAGCUAUUUGCGGAGCCUGAAGAUGCCGCCAAUACCCAGCCUUUUCACUUGAUCAUACCAUCUCUUCCGGGUGUUGGAUUUAGUGAUGCACUUCCGAAUAAUACACCUGUUAUCUCAUCAACCGCAGAUAUUUUGAAUUCGUUAAUGGGCCGGCUUUCGUAUCCAUGCUACCUGGUGACGAACGCGGGCUCUGGUGCCGCUUCACCUGCGGAGAUUGAUUUUAAGCUCGCCAAUUAUUUGGCAACUAAUUAUUCAAGCUCUUGCUUAGGCGCCCACUUUAUUUCACCUCCAUUGGCGCAACCGAAGCUGCGGGAAGCACCUGUUGAAUGGGUAAAAUGGUCCAUCGCGAGCUUAUUCCACGCCCCUAUCCUUGGAUAUCUCAAGGAUGAUUUCUCUGCUCUUGAACGGAGCGGUUAUGUUCGCCCGUCGAAGAAGGCACCCACACCCGCUCAGUUUGGAUUAAAUCAAUUGGGCCUUCGAGAACCCAACAGUUUGGCCUACGCACUUUGUGAUUCCCCAACAGGUCUGUUGGUUUUUGUGUUGAAGAGUCUUCGCUUGCUUGGUCCUAAACAAGAGUUCACGCCGACGGAGGUGAUCAAUUUCACUCAACUCGCCUGGUUGCCUGGGCCAGAGUCAGCCAUGAGGUUCUGGGCACAUUGUGUGCGACACCCGGAAGAGGUGGAGAAGAAGGGGUCCUCAAGGCCGAGAAUUGGCCUCACGGUGUUCCUCGGUGAUGAGCCAAGUACGGGCAGCGGGACGGUUCCAGAGGCGGAGGCGGAGGCGGAAGCAGGAGCGGAAGCGAACGACCUGGGGCAAGAGGAGGCCAAGGAUCGUUAUACAUGUCCCAGUUGGGCUAACGUUAGGUAUAAUGUGGUCUAUACCAACCGAGUCACGGGAAAAUCAGGACUUUUAGCUUGGGAGAGGCCCGACGUUGUCGCUGCGGGUAUAAGAGGGGUUGUCACUUCAAUCUUGAAAUGGGAUUCUCGACUUCGUUCGACACCGGAGCCGGCAACAGCACCCCUCGAGCAGGUGGUAGUCCAAAGCGAGUCUGCAGCUAGUGAGCAACCAGCACCUACACCAGCAGAGCCAGCCCCGGCACUUCUAGUGCCUCCAAGUACAGACGAGCCGGGCCAUCCUCACCCUCAUCGAGAAGUCAGCGAUGAGACUGCAGUUGGGAGCAAUGAAAAUGUCGCUGGGAAAUCGCCCUCCCCGUUACCAAAGACGCCAAGCCCAGCUCAUCUCGCGCCGCCGACAGAUGAACGAGCACAUCCACGUCGAGAAGCAAGUGAUGAUACGGCUGUGGAAACAGCCGCAUAACGAAAGAGCAUAGAGACCCGGGUGUCUAUGCUCUAGGAUAUGAUUUCAUGUUUUAUUUUUGCAUGUCGGGAUGCAUGUUAUAUGCUAUAUAAAUUGGAUAUUGGGUGGAUGGAGGGGAUUUGAUGGUUUAUACUUUAUAUACCUCUUUGCUUCAGCUUCUUUUGUUUUGAUGAUACCUUGUCAAUGGAAAUGGUGAAUGUUGGGGAGACAUCUCGACC